AUGCCUGCGCCCGCAGCCCCACAGCCCCGCCUGCGCCCCGCCGCCCCGGCGCUCCUGCUCCUCCUGCCGCCUCUCGCCACCGCCCUCGCCUGCCACCACCUGCGGCCCCGCCACGCCACCUUCCCCUGGGACAGCCUCCAGCUCCUCCAGGCCGUGGCUCCCAGCCCGCCACAGCCCUGCCACCACCCGCACCCGCCCGCCUUCCCCGACACCCUCCUCCACACCCACCGCCCACAGCAAGCCGCCCACACCGCCCUACGCAUCCUCCAGCACCUCUUCCACACCCUCAGCAGCCCCAGCACCCCCCAACACUGGGACCACGACGCACGCCACCGCCUCCUCAACAACCUCCAGCACCACAUCCACCGCCUGGAGCAAUGCGUGACAGCCAACAGGAUGGACUUCCAAAGGCAAGGGCCCCGCAACCUGCCGCUCACCAUCAGCAAACACUUCAGCGACAUCCAACACUUCCUCCGCACCCACAACCACAGCGCCUGCGCCUGGGACCGCGUCCGCCUCCAGGCUCGCGCCUGGUUCCUACAGGUGGGCACACUGAUCCGGCAAAUGACGAGCCAAGACGCUCCUGCCCCCCACCCAGCCCACCUGCACCAGAGGUCCAGCCCCACCCAGCGCUGGCAGCCGCGUAUCGAGCAGAGGCGGCAGCAGCCCGGGCUGGGAUUGCUCAGCACUGCUCACACCUCUGCCAGCCAGCAGCCCGCACCGACGGGGAAACGGGCAUGACCGCGGCAAGGGCCCGCACCCCUGCAUCAGGGCCACAGCCUCGCUGCAAAGGGAGGACGAGGAAACUGCGCUGCUGCAUGCUUACCGACAGCUGCGAGGCUCUGGGGAGAGGGCUGGUAUUUCUUACCCACCGUGUGAGCUAGCCCGUCCAGCCUGUGACCUCCCCCGCUGGAGGGGAAGGCCCCCAUGGACACUGCGGGACUCUUACGCCAAUGACCACUGAUCACAAAACUCUAUCUAUUUGUUUGCUUGUGCGUUAAUUUAUUUAUUUAUUUAGCCAGCCAUUAAUUUAAAAAUUUGCAUCUUUAUUUAUUCAUUCACUCGUUGGAAAUAAAGACUUUUCGCAAAAGCAAAAACGAAGGAAAAAGAAAAGAGGUGUUCAUCACGCGUGUACCUGACAGGCAAACCCAGGCUCUGUCUCUGCAGGCAGGCAGGGGUGAGCCUCCCUCCUGCAGCCCGUUCCACCAGUGCCCCACGUCCCAGUCGAAGGCUCCGGACAGCGGGUCCCUCUGGGCACCCACAAUGGUCCUUCAAGCCCACGGGCAUCUCCUGCUGAUGCCAGACCUCCAGAGCACACGUGCCCAGAGGACACGAUGCCUGCCCCGCGCACUUCUCUCCC